AUGGAAGAACAUCGACCUCUCGUUAUUGACAAUGGUUCUGGAAUGUGUAAAGCAGGUUUCGCAGGUGAAGAUGCUCCUCGUGCUGUUUUCCCAUCAUUGAUUGGUAGACCCAAACAAAGGUCAAUUAUGGUUGGUGUUAGGUACAAGGAUGCCUAUGUCGGAGAUGAAGCCAUGUCCAAGAAGGGUACUAUCACUCUGAAAUAUCCAAUUGAGCAUGGAAUCAUUACCAACUGGGAUGAUAUUGAAAAGAUUUGGCAUCAUACAUUCUAUAAUGAAUUGAGAGUUGGACCUGAAGAGCAUGGUGUCUUAUUGACUGAAGCUCCUUUGAAUCCAAAGGCAAAUCGUGAGAAGAUGACUCAAAUCAUGUUCGAAACCUUUAGAGUUCCAGCCAUGUAUGUGGCCAUUCAAGCUGUAUUGUCCUUGUAUGCUUCUGGUAGAAGUACUGGUAUUGUAUUGGAUUCAGGUGAUGGUGUUUCACAUACUGUUCCAAUCGAUGAAGGUUAUGCUUUGCCUCAGGCCAUUUUGAGAUUGGAUUUAGCAGGUCGUGAUUUGACUGAUUACUUGAUGAAAAUCUUGAUGGAACGUGGAUACAGUUUCAACACCAGUGCUGAAUGUGAAAUUGUCAGAGAUAUUAAGGAAAAACUUUGUUAUGUUGCCUUUGAUUUUGAAACUGAAAUGAAGAAAGCAUCUGAUAGCUCAUCCAUUGAAGCCUCUUAUGAAUUACCAGAUGGUAACGUUAUCACAGUUGGUAACGAGAGAUUUAGAUGUCCAGAAGUAUUAUUCCAACCAAAAUUUAUUGGAAUGGAAGCUGCUGGUAUUCACGAAACAACUUUCAAUUCCAUUGGAAAAUGUGAUAUUGAUAUUAGAAAGGAUUUAUAUGUCAAUGUUGUACUUUCAGGCGGUACAACCAUGUUUGGAGGAAUUGAUGAGAGAAUGAAUAAGGAAUUGGCAGCUAUGGCUCCAGCCUCAACGAGGAUUAAAGUUGUUGCUCCACCUGAAAGAAAAUAUUCUGUUUGGAUUGGUGGUAGUAUUCUAUCCUCAUUAUCUACCUUUCAACCCAUGUGGAUAACAGCAGAGGAAUAUGAAGAAGCUGGCUGUGUAAUUGUUCGCAGAAAAUGUUUCUAAACCAAGUUAGUUGACCAAAGUUUAUCAUUUUAAUUGUAAAUAAGUAUAGAAAUAAAUAAUCCUAAUUAUCCUUCUAUUGGAUUUUCAUCAUCUUAUGGAAUGGUAUUUGGAUGGAGGGAAGUUUCAACUUGUGGAUUCUUUUGAGGAUACAAUUUAUACCACAAAUAGUAAUUUGGAGUUUUGGCAUCAACACCAAAUAGUGAGCAAUACUUGUAUCUGUAAACUAAUAGUGCAGAAAAAAUGCCAAUUAAGGC